CUCCGGAAGAGUUUUGGAAAAAUAUGGCGGUGGUAAUAUUUUACACUGAUAUGGAUAGUCUGUGAAAACUUACGUUGAUGUUUAUGUAGAGCAUUCAAAUCGUUCAACACUGCAUAGUAUUACAGUGGACGGAACUGUUUCAUGUACCAUGGUUGUUCUUAGAGAUGGCAUGUGUCCUGGAUUGAGUGAAGAAAUGGUUGUGGCUUUACGGGCAGCAGACAUUACAACAGUGGAAGAUCUGUUAUCAUCAGAUACUGAAGACCUUGCACAAAAAUGUUCUGUGUCAUACAAGGCCCUGCUGGCUGUACGCAGAGUACUCCUGGCCCAGCACACAGCCUUUCCGGUUUCAGGUGAUGAUCUAUAUGAAGACCUAAUGAGUUCAACAGCCAUCGUCUCUACAGGCAAUUCUAGUCUAGAUAAACUCCUAGAUUCUGGCUUGUACACAGGAGAGCUCACAGAGUUGGCAGGAGGUCCUGGAAGCGGAAAAACCCAGGUGUGUUUUGGUGUCACAGUGAAUAUAUCUUACCAACUGAAGCAGAGUGUGAUAUAUAUCGACUCAACAGGAGGGCUGUCUGCAAGUCGAUUGCUUCAGAUUCUCCAGAAGAUUUGCAAAUUGGAAGAACAGAUGGAGGCUCUUCAGAGAAUCCAGGUCUAUCGAGUGUUUGACAUCUUCUCUUUAAUUGACUGUCUACAAAGUCUUCAAUGCACUGGACUUCAGCGGGCAUCUGCGGGAGGCGGCUCAGUCAAAGCUGUGAUUGUGGAUUCAGUGUCAGCAGUUAUUUCUCCCAUAUUGGGAGGCAAACAAAAUGAAGGUAUGUCCAUGAUGAUGCAGGUGGCAGGGGUGUUGAAGACAAUAGCCAAGGACUUCAAUGUAGCUGUUCUGGUGACAAACACUGUGACUAGAGACUGCAAUGGAAAUCUGAAAGCUGGGCUGGGCCAAUCAUGGAGUCACGUACCUAGAACUCGGAUUAUACUGCAACGGUUCGAAAGCCCGGGUUCAACUUGUUCUAGCUUACGCACUGCGACUUUAGCCAAGUCCUCAAGACAGCCUUGUCUUCUGAAAGAGGAGUUUGAUUUACAAUGCUGGGGAAGGUCUGAAGACCAGCUGUAUGAAGUUUCAGGAAAGAGGAAGCUGGAGAAGAACAGUCCUUACUAGGCUGCAGCAUUUUGCCUUGUGCUCAUUAAGUAUCCAAUAAACUGAAACAGGGAGGAGCUCUUGCAUUUUUCAAAUAAAUACUUUUGGUACA